AUGAAGAAGCGCGGGCGCAACGCCCUGGGGGAGAAGAAGCGCUGGUCCGAGAAGAGGAGGACCAAGGAGAGGGCCGAGCUGCUGGGCGCGCGGCCCUCGCGUGAGGCAGAGCGCGGCGCGAAGACUCCGGCCGCGAAGUCUUCCAAGGCGGCCGGGAAGGCGAAGGCGCAGAGGGCGGCCAAGCGAGAGGCGGCUCCCGAGACAGCGGUGCCCGUGCAGCCUGGCCGCGGCGCGAAGGCGGCGAGGAGGCGGCCGCGGGGGCCCCGCAGGGCGGCGCGCGUGGACGAGGCGGGCGACACCGUGGUGGAGCACGACUUCGCAGACAGCUCCGACGAGGAGCUGCGCGAGAUCCAGGCCGAGGCCGCCAGGAAGAGGAGGGAGGAGCUCGAAGCGGCGGCAAAGGGGAAGCGCCAAGUGUUCGUCAAGGGGAUCCCUUGGAGCGCCAGCGACGCCGACCUGGAGCGGCUGUUCGCCGGGUGCGGCGCCGUGGAGGGCGUAGCGUACCCGAAGGCGGAGAACGACAAGCCGAGAGGGUUCGCCUUCAUCACCUUCGACUCCGAGGCCGCGGUGGCGAAGGCGCUGGCGUUCGACAAGCGGGACUACGAGGGCCGGCAGCUCUCCGUCAGCGUUGUGACGGGCAAGAAGGGCAGGGGCGACAAAGCGCGCGAGGAGGAGCUGGGCUCGGACGACGACAGCUCGCCGUCGGAGGACGGCUGGGACUCGGAGGACGACGAGUCGGACUCGGAGGGGGGCAAGGGCAAGGGCAAAGGCAAAGGCAAAGGCAAGGGCAAGGGCAAAGGCAAAGGCAAAGGAAAGGGCAAAGGUAAGCUCGAAAAAGGUGCAGGCAAAAGCAAGGGCGGAGGAAAGAGCAAGAAACAAGGCAAGGGAAAGGCCAAAGGCAAAGGCGCAAGGUGA